GGCCGGGGCGCGGGGUGGCCACGGCGGUGCGGGAGCCUGGGGCGGUGGCGGCGCCGGCGCCGCCCGCGCCCGACGGGAGUGGGGCGCGAUGUCCGCCUGCGGCCGCCGGCGUCGAGGCUGAUGGGGGCGGACGGGAGCGCUGCCAUUGAGCUGAGCCCGGGGCCUCGGCUAGGGAGCUCUGCCGUCCUUCAAACACUCUGCGCCGAAUGUCUCUUGUCCUUUGCAGCAAGCUGCCAGCCUUGGAAAGGGAUUCCCCCUCCUUCCCCCGUGGAGGUCCGCAGGACGGAGUGCGGUGGCGGAGGAGAGAGGAGCACAGCUGGAAGCGGGCUGUCCGGAGCCGUCCGCCCCCCCGCCGCCGCAGCGUACCUGGGGGUGCUGGAGGCAAGCCCUACGAAGCUCCUCCGAGCAGCGGCUCGGCAGAUGUAGAUGCGUGCGCGUGUGUAUGCUUAACCCUUUAUUGGCUCCCCGGAUUUGUACCAUGCUGAAGAUCCUCACCAAAAAGCUCAGGAACCAGAGUUUGAACGAAAUUCAACCUUUCCAGCUAAAGAUCUCCUACCCCCCAAGUGAUGAGGACAGCGAUGACUCUGAGGGAGAGAACCAGGAACUUGCUCAGAUCGACAGAGAGAGAAGAAGGAAUUGUACCUUGACCCCUCUGGCCACCAACCAGCUCCAGAACCAGGAGAACCAAUGCUGCAAGGUUCAGGCCCUCUUCCAUGCCAGCCUUGACCGCCACAGCUCAGAAGAGGAGCUGGAGCGUAUCAACCGAGAGUUUGCUGCUGAGAAGCGGAAGUGGUCCCAGGUCAGCAGGCUUGCCUGCUGCAGCGACAACAACAAUACCUCCUCCAGUGAUGAAGAAGUGAAGAACUUGUGUGCGAUGUCCUUCCGGCCUGUGGCAGAGCAGGCUGAUGGCCUGCACACCAGCCCAAGCCCUGUGCUCUUCAGUGCCUCCCCUCCCAAGAGACUCCAGCCCCUGGUGCGGAGCCCAGCCUCCAGACCUUUAAUCUUCACAAGUGUUGGGGCAGGCCUUGAGCAAGUCAUGCCUUGUAAGAGACAUCGACAAGGAUACGGGGAUAAGGUCAGCAGGCCCAGCCUUGACCUGGAAAAAAUGCAGCAGACACUGCACCCCUUUAGUGGAUGAGUAGUUUCAGUGCAUGACGGUAAGACAAGAGGGAAGAGUGAGCAGCGGAGACCCAUCUGCAGCUCAGAGGUGUGUGGCGAAGCAGCACCUGCAGCCAAAAGCCGGGCCGGUGGUGCUGGGAGGAAGAGGAGGCACUUCUCCCUGCGGGUUUAUAAACUCUUGGCUCGCAAAGCAGGAGGACAAAGUGCAUCACCAAAACAGAAUUGCGCUUGAUGUCUGGGUCAGAGAAGCUCCAGCUGGGCCUGGGCAGCCCUUUCCACUUCCCCAUCCCUUGAGAGCUGGCCAGCAGCCAGGGGCCAAACUGGCACCUCACCCCCAGCGCUGAUGGGAAGGUGAAGGAACCGUGGGAAAACCCGGCUCUGGCUGGCUGCUGUCGGCUCAGCAGCAAUUGCAGUAUAAAAAAUAUUUCUCCUCCCCACCAUGUCCUCUCCAUCCCUGCCAUGGUCUGCCUCAGAGGUAUGAAGGCAGCAGUAACAGGCCACCCCGAUGGACCAGACUGAUGGAUGAGCCAGCUACCCUGAGUGCCUGCCGGCUGGAAAAGAGGACUGACUACAAGCAGAUGAUGGGAAUUACAGCUGGGUAAACUCAAUACCACGUUAACCCUGUGGGGUGUGAGCGGGGUCCCCGCCACAUGGGCACGCAAAGCACCAGCUCUGCUCCAUCCCCCCCGAAGGUGGUGCCUGGCACUGCUGGGGUGUCCCCGUUACACUGGUGGGGUGAUAAUGCAAAGCCUUCCCUCACCUUCACCCUGGGUCUUCUCAGGCACCAAGCACCCUGCCAUAAAAGCAGUCUUUCCCCGCAUGCCCCUGUGUAUUGCCAUUUAUUACAUUACAAGGGGAGAAGGUGGGCCUGGUGCUUUCAGGGAUUUCAGGGUGCAAUGCUGGGCAGUCACUGGGGUGGGCUCAGAUGGCAGCAGGACUAGGGAGACUGGAAACAUCUCACAGUACAGUGCCCUAUGUGCAAUAAAAAGCCAGCAGCCCAUUUUGGUCAAACCAAACAGGGCCUUUUGGAAAAGCAUGCCCUAAGAGGAAAUGCUGCUCCCAGAGCAGCCUAUGGCCCCCAGGUAAUAAUGCUGUAAUCGAUGUCAGUGCACACAGUUAUCCACUACAGUAUUACCAACCCCAUAGAUUUCAAAAUCCUGAAUAAGGCCUCAAAUCUCACAGCACUGGCUUAAAAAAUAAAUUAAAACUAUGCAGUUUGGAAUCUGAUUACUUAUCCUCUAUUUGGGUUUUUAAAACUUUUGGAUACAGCUGGGCUGCAUUUCAGCUUCCCUUUGCAUCGCAAUUGCAAGGUCACAAUAAUUACUCCAUAGAAGGGAGCUACAGGGUGGGGGUUUUUUUGAAGGAAGCUGAGAUUCUUAUAAAUUUACAUUUACAGGGAGGGAGCUUUAACAGUUCUCUAGGCUCUGAAAGUCUGUUAAAAAUUGCAAGGGCCACUGAUAUAAUAAUAGAUUAACCUCAGACCAAUUUAUGUGUGUGGUUACUGAUCACCUGCUCUAAAUAAGCUCACUGCAGGAAGUGGACUUGCCUCUUCAAGGAAUGCUGCCUGUUUGGAGAUGUGCCGACAAAGCAUCAUUUCCACUGGAAGCAUUGUCACGGAGGGAAAAAGUGAAAUUUAUCUCAUUGCCCAGGAAGGCAUAAAGGCAGACUGAUAAAUAAACAGGUGGUGAACCAACUACUUGGCAAUAAGUGGUGAGGCAAUCGCAGUGCGAUGAAGGCUAAUAAGAAAAUAUGAUGUCAUGCAUGGCUCUGCUUUGCCAAAGUGUGCCGCUCCCUGCAGAAAAUCACAAAGAACUGUAAAAACAAAAUACAUUUGUGCUUCAACUGGAAACUGAGGCAAUAAUCAUUAUGAUGAAGUAGCAACAGAGCUUUUGGUUGGACAUCUCAGUUCCCCUCCCAAGGAAGACUGUGCCACACAUUGGUCAGGGAGGCUGGAAGCUGGGACACAAAGUGAAUGUUGGCUGCCUCUUUACGUGCCACAGCCUCUGAGCUGCUGUGGGGCCGGAGCAAACCUAGAGGGAGACCCUGAGGGUGGUCCCACAGGGGGCACAGCUUUGCGUGUUAUGGUCCUGUCCUGCCUUUCUUCUCUCCCAGCUCCCCCAUAUCAAAGUGGAGAGUGAGCCAUCAGGAGAGUCUCAGCACAAUGUCUCCUUUGAGGAAAGUCAAGAGCCACAUUUUGCUGGGUAUUUGUGGGCCCUAGAUACCGCUCUGGAUUUGAAUGGAGAGGAAGGGGCAGGCAGAAGUUAAAAAUAAAAAAGGAGGAAUAGUUUGGAUGGGAUGAAAUAGGAGUAGCCUGCAUGUCACAUUGGUGCUAGCUGAAGGCAAUGAUCCAUACCCUGUCUCGGCACCUCUAAACACCACCAGCCAGGGAGGUCCAGCUGGUCUUUCAGCUAGGACGCUCCAGCUGAGCUAGUCCCUGUCUUCUCUGGGAUUGCAUCCCAUUGCCCAGGUGUGCAAAUGUUUGCUGAGACAUUCAGAGGAAGCUGUUCAUUUUUUUCCCCUUUAAACACAAAAUGCAUUCCCUUAACCACAACCAUAGGAGGAGGCAGCUGCUCUUGGCAAACAGAGCCAUGCUAAGUGCACUUGCUGGAAGUGUUUUGACUUUGUUUCUGAACACGUGUGUAGUAAUACUCAGCUUUGGCCACCGGCUGUGUGGUGUGGUGGGGAUGUGAGGGGUUGGGGGGACACAGGAUCCAUCUAGGGAACAACCAGAAAGGACAUUUCUGCAGCAGUCCAUUGCCACAGCAGGAACAAUUGUAAGCAGCAGUAUGGAGAAAUAUAAAUAUACAGGGUUUAGAGCCCUAAAGAAUGGUUUGCCAUAUGCGGGGAGGGACGGUGCAAUUGAAGAGGAGGAAAUCUUCCCAGUGUCCUUGCGAGGAGAUCAAAGUCAGAAGGCCAGACUCACUGCAGGAGUGAAAACCAGGGAGAGAGGCUCACAAGUCCCCAGUCCCACGGGAUUUGCUCCCAAUUUUGCAGGCAGCCUGUUACUGCACAGGAACCCCUGGGCCAACGGUGUUUCUUGCCGGGCAUCCUCAAAAACAAAACCCCUACAAUUGCCAGCCUCUGGCAGUGCUUCCACUUGUCCCAAAUUUCUGCCUCCCCAUAGGAGCUGCCAGGCUCCACCCUAGAGACAGCCACCCUUGCCAGGGGAGAUGGGGUCAUGUGUCAUCAACACUUGUGAAACACUUUGGGGUGAAUUAUAGAAAUAUAAUGGUUCCUUUGCUUUCCCAAAGCUCCUGACUGAUCCAGGCCAACUUCACAUUUCCCUCUUCACCACUUCUGUCUGGCAAUCAGCACCAGGCUGCUGGUGGUGGGGUGGCAGGGCUUGCCCACCUCCCUCACUCGGGGUUAAAAAAGAAAAUCGGACCCUUUAGAAAGAAAAAGAAUCCUAAAAAGGCGAAAAAUAAAGCAUCCAACAGCCCAUGUUGGAGACAUUAUGAAUUGCUUUUGAAAGUGCUCGUUUGCCUGCAUAAGGACAAAGGUACCUUCCUCUAACAAAGCUGCAGGAAAAAACCCACUGUCCCCCAAGUUCAGGGCGCUCUGGAGGACAGCCAUGCUGAAAUUGUGAUUAAGUGUUUUGGGCCAUGCCUUUCACUGCAGCCUGCCAGAUAAAUAUUUACAGCUGACCACGGAGAAGCGGGGGGGGGGAGGAGAGGAGAGACAUCUGUAAAUUCUUUGGAGCCUUGCUGCGUUUUAAUUUUAAUUUAGUUCUUUUUUGUUGCUUUUCCAUCCACACAUCAUUGUCUCUUUUUCUCAGCCCACAGAUAGCUAAAGAAGAGAUUUUUGAGAGAAAGGGGUUAUUUCUAAAACCUCAGGGGACAGAUCCUGGUGGACAGAUCCUGGUUUCAGUGACUGUGGUGUAAAAAUCUGGAGCUGUGAUAAACCAAUACUGCAGAGAGCAGACUGCAACCUUUGAUUUACUAACUGGUGUAAAUCUGAUGUAACAUUAUUGAUCUCUGUGGAUUUACUCCGUCUCAUUGCCUCCUCCCUUGUCUUCUUCACAGUUGUCCUUAUCCAUGCGAAGUCAGUGCCUAUGUGGCUGUAAUAUGCCAGUAAAUCACAGUGUUACACCCA